AUGCCACCGAAGGCAGGUUCUGGAUCGGGUGGCGGCAAGAAAGGAGGCGGUAAGAAUGGGGGCAGCAAGGGAAACGGCGGCGGGAAGAAAGCUGGCGGGAGACAGACCGCGUCGUGGAGGAUCAACCACGAGCCCAGACAGACUCGAUCCCAGGCUCGUGGAGCCGGAAGUCGGCCACUGGUCGCUUUGGACAUGAAUACUGGAGUGGCGACGACCGCAUCGCACCAAGUAAAUCGAAGGGCGACGCCGCCGCCACCAGCACCACCAGCGCCACCAGCACCGCCAGCACCGCCAGCACCGCCAGCACCGCCAGCACCGCCAGCACCGCCAGCACCGCCAGCACCGCCAGCACAGCAAGGGCAGCAAGGGCAGCAAGGACAUCAAGGACAUCAAGGACAUCAAGGGCAGCAAGGACAGCAAGGGCAGCAAGGACAGCAACAACUUCCACCACCUCCUGCUGCUGGUCCUCCGCUGCCGCCAGGUCCACCUUCAGUUCCCACGGCGGACAAUCCUAGCGACGACAACGAUGAUAGUGAUGAUGGCCAAAAUAGUGAUGGUAGUGACGGUGGAGAUGAAGGAAACAAGAACGACGACGGCGAUGAUGAUGACGAUGGAAACGAGGGAAACAAAGGCGACAAAGAGAAUGACGGCGACGACGAUAAUGGUGAGGAUGGCGGUGGUGGCGGUGAUGGCGGUGAUCGCGAGGAUGGUGGGGAUGGUGAGGAUGGUGAGGAGAAUGGAAACAAUGGCGAUGAGAACGAUGAGGGAAACAAAGAUGGCGAGAAUGGAGCCUUCGAUGGUUCAGGUACGGGCAGCAACUCCGGCAGUAACGGUGGCACAAACCCCGACGGGGGUGCUGGUCCCAACCAGAACGACGGUUCGGCCACGGGCUCCAGUCUCAGCGGAACCGCUGGCCAGGACGGAAACCAAGGGCAGCCAGGUACACCAGGGGGCCAAACGACUUCCCGGAGCACGGGUGUUCCCGCGUCGCCCGAUAGCUCACCGGAAACCGAGCCCUUCCCCCCGUACACGGAGCCCUCUCCGUCGACGUACAUAGAUACAAGCCCGCCCGCAGGCCGUGGGGGUCGCCAAGACGAUAAUAGUAGUAACCUUGGAGGCGAUGGGGAUGAUGGGAAUGAAGAGAGCGGGCACGAAGACCAAGAAGGGGAAGAAGAAGACGAGGAGGAGGAGGAGCAAGAGGAGGAGGAAGAAGACGAAGAAGAGAAGCCGGAUAACGGGGCCAAUCAUUCCCCAAGACACCGAUCACCAAGUUCCUCUCCAGGCCCAUCUGCAUCGGGGCAGCAUGGGUCGCAGACAUACCCAGGGCCAAGAGGGGGGAAUAUGCCCUCGGCUGGGGGCGCCGAACGGUCUGGAACCGCGCCCGGACGCAGUACCGGCCCCGGCUCUGGCCGAGGCGGCGCCGGUCGCGGUCGCGGUCGCGGUGACGGUGGCAACCGUGCUGCGCCAUUCCGGAGGAUCGGCGCACUCGGAAAGUCCCUGCUUCCUGCUGGGGACCAGGCAACCGGGCAUCAGCAAAAGCGGGGACGAGAACAAGACGGGGACGGGACUCGGCCGGCUAGAAGGCGCAAGACGGACUCGGCCGAGCUGGAGAACCCCGCGCAGCCCGCCUCCGCUCGCGGACCCAGGACGGGCACACCGGGGAAGAGACCGAGCGGCUUGUUUGACACGCAGGAGACACCGACGAAGAGACCGAGGCUCGGAUAA